CAGCAUCCCGCACAGGUAGUGUAGGGUACUACUUACUAGAGAUAAUAUAAUACAUGGACAAACAUAAUACAUGAUCAAGUGAUUCCAUGUUUGCCCAGUCAUCUAGUUACCAAUAGCUCUUCGUAAAGGUGUUCGCUCCUCUCGUUACUCGUACUCUAUUUAAAUGUUCUGAAUCAUCAAGAGUGUGCACUUUCCUGUAUUCAUAUUCCAAAAUAUACAAAAAAUGUAGCAUCCUCUCAGCCACGGUGGCACCAGGCUAUGAAUGAAAAGAUGACAAUGCUAGAAUGCAAUCAAAGCGCAAUGGAAAUAUGGCUAUUGCAUUACCUCGACAUCAAAUUUGUCAUUCUUCAAAGCGAAUUGAUACAAGAAGUUUACAUGGAGAGCCUACCUGGUUUUGUUACUCAACGGGUGUAUUGUGAAUUUGUGUGCAGGCUUCAUAAGUCCUUAUAUGAAUACAUGCAGACUCCUAGAGCGUGGCACACCAGGUUCAAUUACUUUAUCAAACAGCUUGGUAUGUUUCGCAGUGAAAAGGAUCAUAGGGGAUCAAAAGAGAAGGUCAUCAAAAAGUAGCUCAUCUAAAAGAUCAUCUAGUACAAGUUCCUCCAGCUCAAGACCUAUACACUCUCCAUCAAACUGAAGGUUCAUCCAGUUGUUACCUUUUGCUAAGUCGUGACAGAUAGUAUCAUCAAGUGAAGACUCAAGUUCAUGGCUCCAACUUAGUAACGAGUUUACAUUUGCCCAAACCUCCUCUAGAACGCGGUACCCC